GACUGCUUGUACAACACAUUGGUGGUUAUGUCUGCCCUUUUGAGAACACUUGCAAGUUACCAUUUGUGGACAGGUCAAGUACAUUCACAUAAAUGGUGUCUUCUUUUUUGUCGCAACCUGCAUGAGAAAGCAUCCAAAACCUGGAGUUCAUGGAACAAGUUAAAUGGAAAGGGAAACAUUAUCCUCAUGGGGAACCCAGGGUCAGGGAAAACCACCACAGGAAGAAUUGUGGCUCAAGCUUUAGGAAAGAAUUUAGUGGAUAUAGAUGACAAUCAUCUAGAGCCGAUGUGGGGAAUGAGUGUGGCUGAUAAGUUAAAACAAAUUGGGGAGAAAAGAUUUGUUGAAGAAGAAGGGAGAGCGCUGUUGGAUCUAAAUGUCGACAAUUCUGUGGUGUCUCUGACUGGCUCCAACCCUUUGCAUUGUGAUUCAAUGGCCAAGAUGGCAAAGUCUGGCAUUAUUGUUUACCUUGAUGCAAACAAUGAUACCAUCAUUAAAAGACAGAAGGCAAUGAAAGUUGAUCGUAUCAUUGGCAUGGGGCCAGGUGCCAGCCUGGAAGAUAUUCUACAGUUCAGACGCCAGUUUUAUGAGAAAUGGUACGACAUUCGUGUUGCUGUUCAUGAAACAGACUCAGAGGAAGAUAUAGCUCUGAGGGUGCUUAAAGCUCUACAAGGUUUUGAAAAUGAGCCUGGGUAUAUCUCCACUCGAGCAGUAGAUAAAACAAAAACAGUUCUGUUCCUAGAAACAGUUCUUCAAGGUCUUGCACAAGAUGGAGGUCUGUAUGUAAAAGCUGGAAGGAGGCCCACAUUUUCUUUGAAUGACCUUCACAUUCUAGUUUCCUUGAACUACAAAGAAAGAGCUCAGAGGAUUCUAGAAACUUGGAUACAUCCUCUGGAUAUUUCCCCACAAGAGUUAAAUACCUUUCUAUCCAAAUCAUAUACAGAAGGUUUAUUUGAACACUCAGACAUAGCUCCUGUGGUCCACUUGGAAGAGAACAUUUACACUCAAGAAUUAUUCCAUGGCCCCACAGCUUCUUUCAAGGACUUUGCCUUGCAGCUGAUGCCCCGUUUCUUCACUAAAGCCAUGAAGCAAGUGGGAGCUGAUGACAAGUAUUUGAUCCUGGCAGCAACAUCUGGUGACACAGGCAGUGCCACACUUGAUGGAUUUAGCAGACAUGCAAGUGGAGCUCCAGUAGGUGUGGUUGUUCUCUACCCGGUAAAGAACAUCAGUGACAUUCAGAAACACCAAACAGUCACAGUGCAAGGCAGAAACAUCAAAGUUAUAGGUGUGGAAGCUGACUUUGAUUUCUGCCAACAUACAGUGAAAAAAAUAUUUGUAGAUGAAAAGAUGAAACAAACACUGGGAUUGUGUCGAUUAAGUGCAGCCAACUCCAUCAACUGGGGUCGUAUCCUCCCUCAGGUUCUGUAUCAUGCCACGGCUUACCUAAACCUGGUUCGUGAUGGUCAUAUUGCUCUAGGUGAUCCAAUUGAUUUGUGCGUUCCAACUGGCAACUUUGGAAACAUUCUCAGUGCCUUCUAUGUCAAGGAAAUGGGAUUUCCUCUGAGGAAGCUCAUCUGUGCAUCCAACAGCAACAAUAUCCUCACUGACUUCAUACAUUCUGGUGUGUACAGUCCCUCGACCUACACACUCAAGAAAACCAUAUCUCCCUCUAUAGACAUCAUCACAUCAUCCAACUUGGAGCGACUACUGUACCACUUGUCAGGCGAGGAUCCUCAGAUGGUAACUGAUUUUUACAGAGAUGCAUCAGCAAAUGGAAGAGUACAAGCCUCGCAGAAGGUCAUAGAUGCCAUACAAGAGAACUUUGUUGCUGAAUUUGCCUCGGAGGAGAACACAAAUGAGGCCAUUCUGGAUGUUUUCAACAGGACAGGCUACCUGAUGGACCCACACACUGCUGUAGGUUAUCAUGUUGCUAAACGUGUGGCUGAUCCCAAAGUGCCAACUGUAGUAUCUGGCACGGCCCACUAUGGCAAGUUUGUGGACAAUAUCCUUCCACUUCUCAAGACUGCUGGUGACCAGAAAUCCUACAGUGUCAGUCAGUUGAUAGAAAAAGCAUCCAGUUUGACCACGAAACCAGAAAUGAACAAACUCCUGGCAGCUAUGGUCACCAAGAAAGUGGUUCACACAGACACAGUGCCUGCAGAUUACAACCAGAUCUGCAGAAAAAUUGUUGAAUUUGCAAAAAAUUUAUAA